AUGUCUGGUUCCAACAACAACAUUGAUGAAAUGGUCACCACAAUAACGGACUAUAUCAAGUUCUGUAUACACUGUGUGAUCCCCAUGAGAACCACCAGGGUAUUUCCGAACCAUGGAUUAAUGACAAGAUCAAAAACACAUUACGCAUGAAUAAGAUUGUGUUCUCCCAUCGAGAUAUGCAGUCCCUACGUCAACUGAACAGCUCCCUCAAACAUGCCAUCCAACGAGCCAAACUAAGGUACAAGGACAAGGUGGAGGAGGAAUCUAGCAACAAGAACGCUAAGCAGGCCUUUGAAAAAGUCAGGAAGUUGGCAGACUACUCUGACAAACCAUCUCCACUGGCCCAUGAUGACCCAUUCGCCUUUUCCAACGACCUAAACCACUCCUCACAUUUUAAUACUCACGAUUUUAGUGAGGACUGUGAGCACCUGCUGGAUGCCCUCCACUUCACUGACUCCCCUGCCCACUCUUCAUUGAGGAGGAGGUGGCGCUACAGUUGCGGAAAGCUAAGUCCAAGGCAACGGGGCCGGGGCCAGACGGGAUACCGGGUUGAGUCCUAA